AUGAACACGGCUACUGGAAAGACGUCUGUCAGAACAACUCAAAAUACAUCCGGGCGUAAUGAAGCCAUAGACGUCAACAAACUAAAUUUGCUGAUUCGUGCUCUCGACAAGACGUGGGUUCUUCCACGACUCGACUCGAAAGACCCCGUUGGAAGCAAUUUCCAGUACAAGAAAACAUGCGCUUCGAUAUUCAAAGCUCGUCAUGGUGCCUGUCAGCAACUGAGCUUUGGUGUGAUGUGCUUCAACUACUGCCAUGAACGAGGUGAAAAACUGGUGUUUCGUUGUCAAGACACUUCGGAUGCGGCAUACUGUAGGCAGUCGGGCACGUUCGAGACAUUCCUUGCUAAAUAUCGUAGAGACGGCUACAAAGCAAAAGCUUACGUUCAUCAGGUAUAG